GGUGUCGACAACAUUCAGCCGGAAUGAUGGCCUAAAAGCGUCUUCGAAAAAAGAUCUUCAGAGGAAGGUGAACACGUUCCCAUGCUAGAUAAAGACUCUGAUGGAGACUGACCUGAGGCUGGAGUCAACUGUGUGGGUCGAGAAUAAAAGAUACCGGGCAGUCCUGACAGGCUGGCAUUUCAAGUGGACCGAACUAGAUAAGAAGAACCGAGACAAGAAAACGAUUUCAGUGCCUGUGGCAGAGGUGGUCGGAGUGGAGGAGGGUCGGGUGGAGAUCCUGCCCCAGAAGUCAGUGGAGGACACUGACAAAGACUUCACAGUUUUCUACGUGAAGCGCAGCAGCAGUGGGAGCUCCUAUGGAUUACUAUGGAGACUGGGCUGGACCCAGUUCAGCUGCCCCAGUCGGGUGCUCAGAGACCAGUGGACGAAACAUCUCAGAAUGGCUCUCAAAACUCACAGUCCGAUGCGUCCAAACAGGCUGUUGGUGUUUAUCAACCCAUUUGGAGGGAAGAAGAAAGGAAGAAAGAUCUAUCAUUCUCUGGUUGCCCCUCUGUUUGACCUCGCUGGGAUCAGCUCUCAUGUAAUAGUGACUGAGCGGGCCAACCAGGCCAGAGACCACCUCCUGAAGAAAGACCUGACAGGCUUUGACGGUGUGGUGUGUGUGGGUGGGGACGGCAUGUUCAGCGAAAUACUCCACGGUUUGAUUGGGCGGACACAACAAGAGGCCGGCCUUUGUGAGAAUGAUCCCACCGUCACUUUACAGCCUUGUUCGCUUCAUAUUGGCAUCAUCCCUGCAGGUUCUACAGACUGUGUGUGUUAUGCCACAGUGGGAGUGAUCGACCCUGUCACUUCAGCUCUGCAUAUCAUUAUUGGAGACUCUCAGCCUUUGGAUGUGUGUUCAGUCCACCAGGCUUCUGGUCUCGUGGGCUACUCAGUGUCUCUGUUGGGUUACGGCUUCUACGGUGACGUGCUGGCUGAGAGUGAAAAACACCGCUGGAUGGGACCGCUCAGAUAUGACUAUUCAGGCACAAUGGUGUACCUGAGCAACAGAAGCUAUGCAGGCAUAGUUCAGUAUCUACCAGCAGACCCGCUGCUCUCCAGCCCGAGAGAUAGAACACGCUGCCUCUCAGGGUGCAGUGUGUGCUCCAGAAGCACAGAAAGACUUUUCCCCCACUCUUCAGAUUCAGGCUCCUUGUACAGCUCCCACUUCAGCCAGUUCAGUAAUGACUCAGAAGGCGAGUGGGUGAGUGUGGAGGGCAGGUUCAGGUGUGUGUCUCUCACUUGCAUGUCCAGCUCGUGUCCCAAGAGUCCUCUGGGCCUCUCUCCCUCUGCUCACCUGGCGGACGGAACAGGGGACCUCAUCCUGGUAUGGGACACUCACCCGCUGGGAUUCCUAAAGUUCCUCUACAGGCACACAAGCACAGAGGAUCAGUUUGACCUGCCUUUUGUGGAGGUCCACCGCGUGAAAGCCGUCCGCUUCUCUCUUCCCCCCGGCAAAGAGGAGGAAGCAUAUGAAGAGAUCGGAGGGUCGGUUGGUGGGAUGGAUGAAGUAGAGAGAGGCUAUGAUGAGACUGUAAGUACGACUGGAUCUCAGCAGUAUCUGGCAGAGAGAGGCACAGGGAGAGAAAUGACUGAUGGGCAGAAAACAGCGAACCCCUUCCUGUGCGGCCUGUGCUGCAGUAAAGCUCCGGCUGUGUCAGUGUGGAACUGUGACGGAGAGAUUCUGGCUUCCACCGAGAUCCUCAGCAGGAUUCAUUGCCAGCUGGUGCGUCUGUAUGCAAGGGGCAUCGAGGACGGAGCAGCCGUGCACAACAACAGCGGAGAAAAUGAAAGGGGAUGCACCCUACACAAAUAGACUCACCUACAUUUUGGAUGAUGAGGGAAAGGUGACAAUGGGAAUGUUUUUAAGGCUCGUUUGUGAAUGUUCUGACACGGCCUUGCAGUCUGUCAUGGCCAAAGAGUUCCUAAUAUUUCAGGUGCAUGUUUUCUCAUUGCAAUAACGAAACAAACUCUUUAUUCUCAAAUGAGUGCGUUUGUUGGAUACUGAUA